AUGGCUGCAACUUCUACUUCAAAUUCCAAAUGGGUCAGCCCUAAAACCCGAUUUCCAUCUUCCCCUAAACCCCAAUUAGCUUCAUCUUCCAUCUCUUACACCAAAAAACUCAAAUCUGAAACCAUUCAAUGUGCCAUUCAAACACAUUCCGUCCUCCAUUUUCCCAAUCAAUCGCCAUGUAAACAAACCACAAAUGAAUCACCUUCUUCUUCGUCUUCUCCGGCAGCACCACAAAAUUGGAACUUGUUGCAGAAACUGGCGGCAAUGGCAUUGGACGCCGUCGAGAACGGUUUAACAGCACGAGAAAAGCAACAGACAUUACCCAAAACCGUAAACCCUGACGUGCAAAUCGCCGGAAAUUUCUUUCCGGUACCGGAGCAACCGGUUCGACACUCUUUACCAGUCAUCGGAAAAAUCCCGGAUCACAUUAACGGUGUUUACCUAAGAAAUGGAGCUAAUCCAUUAUUCGAACCAACUUCCGGCCACCAUUUGUUUGACGGCGACGGUAUGAUUUACGCCGUGAAGUUUGAAAAUGGCUCGGCUAGCUACGCUUGUCGCUUUACGGAGACGCAGCGGCUUAUCCAAGAACGAGCCGCCGGUAAACCGGUUUUCCCUAAAGCAAUCGGAGAACUCCAUGGCCAUUCCGGGAUAGCCAAGCUUUUGUUAUUCUAUGCUCGUGGGUUAUGUGGCUUGGUCGAUAACAGCCAAGGCAUUGGGGUGGCGAACGCCGGUUUGGUUUACUUUAACAACCGGCUUUUAGCUAUGUCGGAGGAUGAUUUGCCUUAUGAAGUUCGUGUCACUCCCACCGGCGACUUGAAAACAGUCGGACGGUAUAACUUCGACGAGCAAUUGAAGUCCACCAUGAUCGCACACCCAAAACUCGACCCUGUUUCCGGUGAACUAUUCGCACUGAGUUACGACGUCGUCCAGAAGCCAUACCUUAAGUAUUUCAGGUUUUCACCUGACGGAAUUAAAUCGGAAGAUGUAGCAAUCGAUUUGGAAAAGCCGACGAUGGUUCACGAUUUCGCUAUCACGGAGAAUUUCGUGGUGGUUCCCGACCACCAGGUGGUUUUCAAGUUGUCGGAAAUGAUCACCGGCGGGUCGCCGGUAGUGUACGACAAAAACAAGGUAUCACGUUUUGGGGUUUUAAGUAAAUACUCCUCAUCCGGGUCGGAUAUAAAAUGGGUAGAAGUUUCGGAUUGUUUCUGUUUCCAUCUUUGGAACGCUUGGGAAGAACCGGAAACCGGCGAGGUUGUCGUGAUCGGAUCCUGCAUGACUCCGGCGGACUCCAUUUUCAACGAAUGUGAUGAAGAAUUAAAAAGCGUCUUAUCGGAAAUCCGAUUGAAUUUAACGACCGGAGAAUCCAGUCGCCGGGAGAUAAUCUCACCUGAAAAUGACGUCAAUUUAGAAGCAGGAAUGGUGAACAAAAACCUCCUCGGCCGGAAAUCCAAAUACGCUUACCUCGCGGUGGCGGAGCCAUGGCCGAAGGUUUCCGGCUUCGCGAAAGUAGACCUCUCCACCGGUGAAACCAGGAAAUUCAUCUACGGUGAAUCAAAAUACGGCGGCGAGCCUCUGUUUCUUCCCAUCGAUUCCAAUUCUGAGGAGGAAGACGACGGUCACAUACUAGCCUUCGUCCACGACGAGCAGAGAUGGGAAUCAGAGCUUCAAAUCGUGAAUUCAAAGACACUGGAAUUAGAAGCGACGGUGAAGCUGCCAUCGAGAGUUCCGUACGGUUUCCACGGGACAUUUAUCAGCUCCGGUGACUUGGUAACACAAGCUUGAUAGGGUUUUGAAAAAGUCACCGGAGGGAAUCGGGAUGAUGCCUUGCCGGAAAGUCUCUGUUUUUUGCCCCUUUUUAGGAGGGGUACAAAAGGAGGUAAAUAGUGGUUAUAUGUUAAUCCGUCAUUAGUUAUUAACUGAA